CUUGAACUCCCGACCUCAGAGAGGCUGAUCAUCAGGAGUUCACUUUUGGAGAAAUUGAGAAAGCAUGCUGAACAAGGAAGAGGAAGGGAAAUCCUUCAGGGAUGAAGGAGAGGAUAGUAAUGCAUGUGUGUGAGCACACACAAACAGUAACCUUUCCUAGGAGAACAGUAUUACUAUAUGAAUUUGGUGUUAUAAGCAGCAUGAAUUCCAGCCAAAUAUCACUCAAAAUGAAACAUCGGAGCGUUAACAUGCAGAAGAAACCUUCAAAAUGUAGUGAAUGUGGAAAGUUCUUUACUCAGAGAUCAUCUCUUACCCAGCACCAGAGGAUUCACAGAGGAGAGAAGCCCUAUGUGUGCAGUGAAUGUGGAACUUGUUUCCGCAAACAGUCAAAUCUUACUCAACAUCUGCGAAUUCAUACGGGAGAGAAACCUUAUAAAUGUAAUGAAUGUGAGAAAGCCUUUCAAACAAAAGCAGUUCUUGUUCAGCAUCUGAGAAUUCAUACUGGAGAGAAACCCUAUAAAUGCAGUGAAUGUGGAAAAGCCUUUUGUCAGAGCCCAUCCCUUAUUAAACAUCAGCGAAUUCAUACUGGAGAGAAACCUUAUAAAUGCACAGAAUGUGGCAAAGCCUUCAGUCAGAGCAUAUGCCUUACUCGGCAUCAGAGGAGUCAUUCUGGAGAUAAACCUUUUAAGUGUAAUAAAUGUAGGAAAGCCUUUAAUCAGAGUGCAUGCCUCAUGCAGCAUCAGAGAAUUCAUUCAGGAGAGAAGCCCUACACAUGCAGUCAAUGUGGUAAAGCCUUCACUCAGAACUCUUCCCUUGUUGAACAUGAAAGGACUCACACUGGAGAGAAACUUUAUAAGUGUAGUGAGUGUGAAAAAACUUUCCGCAAACAAGCACACCUUAGUGAGCAUUACAAAAUUCAUACUGGAGAAAAACCUUAUGAAUGUGUUGGAUGUGGAAAAUCCUUUAGGCACAGUUCAGCACUUCUUCGACAUCAGAGGCUUCAUGCUGGAGAGUAAAAUUUGGAAUAUAAUGAGUAUGGAAAGAUUUGUAUGAAAGCAUCUUUUUUUUUUCUCCUAAAUUCCUGGGACUAUAAGACUCAAUCUGCAGCUAGUAUGAAUAUUUUAUAUUUUGAACAAGAAGUAAUGUGUCCUAAUCUGGAGUUUGACGCCUUAUCUGCUGCUCAAUGGGCGUAACCUUAUCCCCUCUGAGCCUCAGUUUCCCUGUCCCCCAAUAGAAAAAUGGGGAUAUUUCCUAGGGUUGUGUUGAGACUAAAAUGAGUUCUGUGUGACAGUUAACUGCCAUUAAUUAGCUGUUCUAAAAGUUUAUUUAAAAUAUUAAAAUCCGACUGGCAAAUCAGCAUUGUUGUUUGGUUCCAUAAUGUAUUAUUUCUUAAGGACAUUUUGUAAUUGGGCUGUGAUUUCAUUAUUAAUCUACAGAAGUCUAUUUAAACUGUAUGUCUAGGUUUAAAUAGGAUAAUGUAAUCUAGACUGGUUUAUCCUUGAGAAAUUUCAGAUUUAAUAAGAGGAAAAAAAGUACUGAUUGAGAUUUAAGUGGACAUUUUGAGGUGUGCUUCUGGAUACCCUCAAGAUCUUCAUUUAGGUUGUGAUACUUUUUAUUACUAGGUCUAAUUUGACUUUAAGCUGUAAGUUUUACUUUUGCAUUAAAAGGAAAGCCUCUCUGACAUUAACUAAAUAAAACCUCAAGUUGUGGGACUUCUGUGUGUGUUUAGGAUUGGCAGGAUUGGUAGCAGAUGAUUAAGAGAAAGCAUAGGACAGUAGAGAGGACUGGAAUAUAGAGGAGAAUAUAAGCAUGUAGAUGAGGAUGUGGCUGUAUUUGUUUUGAGUUCUAGGAGCAGAGUACCAAAUGUAGUCACUUAAGGGAAGAUGAGGUUAGAAGAUACUAAGAUCCCAGGUUCCAGCAAGCUAUGCCACAGACUAACAAGCCACUUUCAAAGGAAGGAGAGAACAGUGUUUUGGGGAAGCUGAUGGGUUGGAGUGCCUAAUUAAAAGACUGGCUCAUUAAAAGCCAUAAAAAAAACAAAGAAAGGAUACUUUUAAUGGUGCAUUAGGCUGUGCUAGGCUCUUUAAUGUAAACAAGAACCUCUAAUGCUAAAAGCAUCCUUGCAAGAAAGGUAGGAGUUAACUAUUCACAUCCUAUAGUCAAGGAAAAAGAGUUUGACUUUCUCAAAGUCAAACAGGUAAUGUCAGAGUUGAAUCUCAAAUAUGUAUCUUACUAUCAAAAGUGUAGUUCUGGUUUCUAUAAUACCAAAGUCACAUGCAGGUAAUUUCCUACCAUUAAACCUUGCUAUUAAUGUGAGAUGCCAAAUUUGUCAAAACCAUUCUUUUAAAGUAAAAAUUUAUUUUUUUCAA